AUGUAUUUCGGCACCGUGAUUUUCGUGGCCAUAGUAGCAUCAGCCUCCGCAUUGCUGGAGGUAACACCUUCUCGGGGUUACCAUGAAGCAGUUGGUAUACCACUGGCAGCUAGUAUUAAAAAGGCCGAGGACGAGGCUUUGGCGAAAGCGUCCGAGGCUGAUAUACACAAAAUCGUCGGUGGAGUUCUGGCACCAGCUAAUGAGCACCCGUAUUUGGCAGGUCUUCUCAUCGACCUGGUAAACACUGCCGGCCAGUCAGUAUGCGGGUCAUCACUUCUCUCGACCAAUCGCCUGGUGACGGCAGCCCACUGCUGGUACGACGGAGUGGGCCAAGCUUGGCGUUUCACGGUGAUACUUGGCACCCAGUUCCUCUUCUGGGGAGGACGGCGCAUCUCCACUUCUGAAGUCUUCAUGCACCCGCAGUGGAACCCUUCAAACUUGAGCAACGAUGUUGCCAUGAUUUAUUUGCCUGUCGACAUUACGUUUUCUAACAACAUCCAGCCCAUUCCUCUGCCCGACGCUUCCCAGCUCAGGAAUACAUACACUGGGCAGUGGGCAGUCGCGGCAGGCUUUGGGAGAACCAGUGAUAGCCAAGUAGGUGCGUCGUCUGUCAUCAGCCACGUGACCCUGCAAGUCAUCUCCGAGACCCAAUGUCGUGUGGUCUUCGGGGAAGGCUUCGUAUUCCCCAGCACUCUUUGCACCAGCGGGAUUGGAGGCGUCGGGUUAUGCGGUGGGGACUCCGGAGGCCCUCUCGUUGUUACGCAAGAUGGACAGAAGCACUUGAUCGGCAUCAGCUCCUUCGUAGCAGCAAACAACUGCCAGGGCGGUCACCCAUCAGCUUUCGCGCGCGUCACCAGCUUCAUGAACUUCAUCCAGCAGAACUUGUGGUGAA